AUGAGCUCCCACAACAACAUCCAGAAUAUCGAACCACUACCAGACCAUGACUUUCAUUCGGCCUGGGGCUGCACAUAUUCUGCCCGUGGCGCCAUCAACAAUGAUCCUCAAACUCGUGCUCUUUGGCUUCAGUACCUUUCGAAUCCCUCUUCCGUUGAGCGUCAAUUCCACGUCCUGCUAGGCUCUUAUACCAACCUUUUCGCCGACUUCUUCGGCUCCUACUAUCCCAUUUCCCUCCACGCCCAUGCCACUGACGCCUUGCUCCCCACUACCAUCGCUAGUCUCAUUCUGAACACCGUCGCGACCAGCCCUUUGAUUCUGGAAAGCGAAGAGUUGCGUCCGAAGGGCAAUGAAGCCCCCGAAGAAACCGGCACGCGCAUCCGUGAUUUCUCUCUCGCUCUCCUCGGCUGGACCGAAGCGCACAUUCAAGCCCCAAACUUCAUCGCCAUCGAAGGCAUCUAUGGCGCUGGGUUUGGGCCUCUAGCGCACACGUCCAAGGAAUGGGAAGUCCAAGCCAUCGCUGCCGGCCCACGGCCAGUGGUCGUAAAUCUAAAAGCGCAGCCCUCGCAAGAGGAUCUCGACGCGCAGUUCGCUGCGGCCAAAGCCCGAGGCGCCAUUGGCGUCGUCUUCGACAUGGUUUCCACCGAGGAUGGCAGUGUACUGCCGCCAACGCAAUAUGCGCAGCUCAAGCUCGCCGCGCAGCGCAACCGGCUGCUGGUCAUCGUGGACGAGACGAUGACUGCCAUCCGGUGCGGCGCGCCAUUUGCGUUCCAGCGUGCCGAGUACAACCCCGUCAGCAACGACGUGCAGCCCGAUUUGGUCAUCUUCGGCAAGGGCCUGGGCAUCAGCGGUUUGGCCAUCGGCUUCGCGGGCGUCAUAACGCGCAAUUUUGCAUACAAGAAGCGUGCCGACAUCAUGCAAAGCAUCCUGUACUGGCGCGCGAUGGUCUCGCGGCCGGUGCGGCUGCCUGUGUUGCUCGAGGCGCUGGGCGUGUUGCGCGUGGCGCACGCCGAGGAUUGGCCCGCGCGGAGCAUGGCGGUUGGGGAGACGGUGCGUGACAUUCUGUACGAAUUGGAGCCCGAGACGAAGGCGCCGGGUGCGGUGCGAGGGCUGGGUGCAAUGAUUGCGCUGCAUAGGGACGUUGCCAUGAGGUUGAGGAUCCAGUCGGCGAUUCGCAGAAGGAGUCCAUGGGUGCGCUGGCUGCCAAAGUUGGAUCGUGGGUCAAUCGAUAGGGAUUUGAUGAUGAGGCAUGUCUUUGGGAAAGAGAGCACAGAACGGAGGAGGGCUUUGGCAGAAGAGGCGGAGAGCGUGGGAACCAUGCCGUUGUGCGACCGAGGACGCUUGGUGCCGAAGAUGCUUUCUCGGGGUGUGCGCAAAUGA